AUGCCUACCGUCGAACGACGUUCGCUCCCGCACUCGCUCUCCGCGGUGGCGACAAAGGGUCGUCGUCUCUUUACUCGCGACUCUGCCUCGACCACCGACCCGCAAUGUGUACGCACUUCGGCGCUCAACUUGAACGAAGCGCUCGAGCAAGCGUGGGUGACCAACACAUCGCCCCUCUGCCUCAGCAAUCAGCUCUUAUCUCCACCGCCUUCUGGUCAGGCUCACGGCUGGGGGCUUGAUAACACUUUUGGGAGGAGACGUUCUUCCAACACCACGACGGCGAGCAGCACUUCGAGCGCCGGUGAGGCGCCGCAGCGUCGUCGAAAGUCGCUCUUCUCCAAGAAACAGCGCACAGAGGCACUGGUCGACGAGGCGAUCCAAGAGAACACGCAUUCGGAUGCGCCUCGCUUUGUCGAUCCGUUCGCCAGUCGAUCGCGAGACGAACCUCGAUCGGUUACUCCGCUCGAUCCGCCGCAAAAGGACACCAGUCGUCAGAAACAACGCCAAUCGACGCAGCAGAAGGAGCAGCAGAAGAAGAAGGAGGCUCUCGAUCGUAUCUCGGAUCUAGUCUGCCUGUCGGUUCAGAGCGAAGCACAGUUGCCCUCGGACCAGGUCGGCGCCUCGUCGCCGAACCUCGGCGACAACACCUACUUCUACCCGAUCGAAGCACCUCCUUCACCCACGAGCAUGCACAGCAGCAGCGAUACCAGCGCUCGCAGAGCCAGCAUCGUCGCUUUUCCACCUCGUCUAGAUGCAAGCAGAGGUCUGCGCGUCCACAUGGGUGGCGACGAGGGUGAGGUAGGCAGCUGGUCUAGGCAGAUCAGUCCUUCGCUCUCGACGUUUUCCACUCGCACCGAUGCGUCGUGGCUAGCGAGGGUGGAUCUGCGGGAAGAGAUGGUGGAUCCGUACGAGCUUCUGCUUCCGUCGUCGAUGAAGCGUCAGUCGAGCAGGACGAUCGAGAGCGAGGUGAAUAAGAAGAGCUUUGCUUCGCUCAAGGCUGAGCUUGGACAUGGGGUGGAAGCGUAUCCUUUCCCUAUCCGAGUGAAUGCUUCUGAGCCAUUGUCGCAGGGAUCAGCUGGAUGGUGGCCGUCGGAGGCAAGUCAGCCAUCACUGCAGCCACUGCCACCGCUACGACCCGUGAGGAAUCCGAUGCGAAGCAGAUCCAAGAGUCUCUGCAGCUCCUCUAGGUCGCCGAAAGAUAGCCCGUCCUCUUCGCCUCCUCCUCCAGUUCCAGCUCUGCCCUCCGCGUCGCCGACGGGGUUGGUCGGACCGUACAACUUGACACCCGCCAAUACCCCACCUCGAUCCAGACCCACGUCGGAACAUCGAGGUCGAGGUCGAUGUGAUAGCUUGACCUCGGCUGCUUCGACUUCUUCAUUGCAGAACGCUCCGUUCCACACGCCAACUUUCGGUUCGAGUUCGAGUUGGACGAGAUUGCCUGUUUGA